AUGAAUCUCCUCGACCCUUACCUGAAGAUGACAGAAGAACAGGAGAAGUGUCACUCUGACGCUCCCAGUCCCAGCAUGUCCGAGGACUCCGCAGGCUCACCGUGCUCCGUGUCCGGUUCGGACACUGAGAACACCCGGCCGUCCGACAACCACCUCCUCCUGGGUGCAGACUACAAGAAAGAGGGCGAAGAAGAAAAGUUCCCCGUGUGCAUCAGAGAUGCGGUGUCCCAGGUGUUGAAGGGCUACGACUGGACUCUGGUGCCCAUGCCGGUGCGCGUCAACGGCUCGAGUAAAAGCAAACCUCACGUCAAGAGACCCAUGAAUGCGUUCAUGGUCUGGGCUCAAGCCGCAAGGAGGAAGCUGGCCGAUCAAUACCCGCAUUUGCACAAUGCCGAACUCAGCAAAACCCUGGGAAAACUUUGGAGAUUGCUCAACGAAGCAGAGAAGCGCCCGUUUGUGGAAGAAGCUGAGCGUUUGAGAGUCCAGCACAAGAAGGACCACCCCGACUACAAAUAUCAGCCCAGGCGGAGAAAGUCCGUGAAAAACGGGCAAAACGACCCCGAGGACGGCGAGCAAACCCACAUCUCUCCAAAUGCGAUCUUCAAGGCUCUGCAGCAGGUCGAUUCUCCAGCUUCAAGUUCGGGCGAGGUGCAUUCUCCAGGAGAGCAUUCAGGUCCGUCCCAGGGCCCUCCAACACCCCCAACCACCCCCAAGACAGACCUGCCCUCCAGCAAGGCUGACCUGAAGCGAGAGGGUCGCCCCAUGCAGGAGGGCACCAGCCGCCAGCUCAACAUCGACUUUGGAGCUGUGGACAUCGGCGAGCUGAGCAGCGAGGUCAUCUCCAACAUGGGCAGCUUCGACGUCGAUGAGUUCGAUCAGUACCUGCCACCUCACAGCCACAUUGGAGUGACGGGAGCAGCUCAGGGCGGCUACGCCAGCGGCUAUGGCAUCGGCGGCUCCUCAGUCGGCCACGCGGCCAAUGUCGGGGCCCACGCCUGGAUGUCCAAGCAGCAGCAGCAGCAGCAGCAGCACUCUUUGACCACCCUGGGCGGAGGAGGAGAGCAAGGCCAGCAGGGUCAACAGAGAACCACCCAGAUCAAGACGGAGCAGCUGAGCCCCAGCCACUACAGCGAGCAGCAGGGCUCCCCGCAGCACGUCACCUAUGGGUCCUUCAACCUGCAGCACUACAGCGCCUCCUCCUACCCCUCGAUCACGAGAGCACAGUAUGACUAUUCAGAUCACCAAGGCGGCGCCAACUCCUACUACAGCCAGAGCCAGGGCUCCGGCCUGUAUUCCACCUUCGGCUACAUGAGCCCCAGCCAGAGGCCGAUGUACACCCCGAUCGCCGACACCACCGGGGUGCCCUCCGUGCCGCAGACCCAGAGUCCGCAGCACUGGGAGCAGCAGCCCAUCUACACACAGCUCUCCAGGCCUUGAGAGAGGUGGCCCUCAGCGUUGACUGCACACAACACCCUUCGCAUUCCAUAGACCUUUUUUUUUUCUUCUUCUCCGCACCGUGGCCUUUGUGUGCCACCAUGACACACACCUGACACCGGCACCAUCAAAAAAACAUGACAUGGACUUUUUUUAUAGUACUGAAAAUAUAUCUUUGGAUUGGCUCACAACAGUGCCUUUUGUAUCGGUUGGAAUUGUGAUUAUAUUUUUUUAGAUAUAAUGUUUUUAAAAAAAAAAGUUAAAUCCUCUGUGAGGACAUACUGGUUAUAAAUAUUUUAGUAUGUACUGUGUAUGUGUUUUGCUCUUGUCAUCAUCGCCAUCAUCAUCAUCAUAUCCAGUGUCAUCAUUUCCAUUUGAGGGUUUAAUUCAUCUAAAGUUGCGGGAAUGCCGGGUAAAAAUACCCUCAGUGGCCUUAUUUCUCUAUUUCUUAUACACAAAUAAGAGCCAUCAGUUUACUGACACUGCCUACUUAUAAUGCCUACAUUCUGCUUUGGAUUUUCCGAACUGUACAUAUGUUAUGUAAUUCCCAUGAGAUACAAGAAUUGAGCAACGCAGGUUCGAAAUGGAUUUGAAUUUUUGGCCAUAAUAUGACCGUGUCAUCAGUGAAUUAGUCAAAACAUUCUACUACUAUCUUGUUCUUUGCUUUAGCUCAAAUGAUUGUGUUGGAAACGUUAUAGCAGGUGCCAUUUAAUUCUACUAGGGGCCUUAAUGUGUUGCUAGAUGUAACUGAGCAAUGCUUGCUUUUAUCUGGGUACUUGAUACCAUUGGUGCCUCCGGAGGCUUCUUCCACUGGCAUCGCAGUGUUGAAACCACGGCGUAGUUCUGACUUCCUGCUGGAGGAGAUGCAGGAAGUCACCUUUGACCUGACUCUCCUCAGCAGCCAGCAGGUCUGAGUCUGGCGUGCUUCUUUCACUCCUACAGCCCCGUCCUUUUUUCUAACCUUUUUUUCUUAAUUUAUUCUUUAGCAUUAAUUUUAUUUGAGAAUAACUAUUUGCAAUUAUCUUUUUAAUUCAGCAGCAGCUAACUGAGAUUACGUUUUUUUUUCAGUGAAAUAGUUUGCUGUCGUAUGUGGUACAAAUUUGUUUAUUUAUCAUUUGUAAAUGUGUUCCACGUUAAAGUUUCUAGUUAUGUACAGAAUACUUAUAAUUACACAUUGAGUCUCUAAAAACAGAAAAAACUGGAAGUUUUCUUUUUUUUCCUAACAAAUUAAUUAAUGGAUAUGGAAGCUGCAGCUGUUUUUGUAAAGAAUUUGCUGGAAUCAACAGAAUACUUUUUGUUUUUGAAAAAAAAAGUUGUUUUCCUCAUUUUGUAUUCUGUAUCAUUAGUUCUCAUCUUGUCAUCUCCUAAUGCAGUUUCCGUAGGUAAAUGGCAUUGUCUUAAAAGCUUAUCUUUUGUAUUAUAUUGUUUGCAAUAAAAACAAAACACUGAGAAAUA